GUCUGCGCGCCGCGGCUGAGCGCCCACUCGCCUUGCGGAAAGAGCCGCGGAGGGACCAGCGGGGGCGGCGGCGGGAGAGCUCGGCGGGAGCCAGAGGAGGUGGCAGUCGGGAGCCAAACCAUAAGGAGACUGGGAAGCAGAAGCUCGCAGCUCUGAGGCGCGCACUCCCUUGGCAAGGGAUGGGUCCCGGGGCGGCCCAGCCUCUGUCCGGCCCGCCGGGCAGAGACUGAAUUGCGGUUCCCCAUCGUCCUGUGGACAGCGGGGUAGAAGGAGGCACGGACAGAUCACCAGUAGCCUCCCGGCGGGACCUCGCGUCCUGAGCCCCCCGCGCAGCGCCCCCCGCCGGAGCCGCGCCGGGCAAGCCGGCGAGGGAGCUGGGCUGAUUGGCGGCCGCCGGCGGCCGGGGGAGGGGGCGCCGCGCGGGGCCAUGGCAGGCUCGGAGGCGUCCUAGCCCGAGCUGGAGCCGGAUCCGAGCCCACGCUGCCACCACCGCCGCCUCUCCGCGCCCGGGCCCCCGCCGCCGCCGCGCCCCCCGCGGGAGAUGGAACAGCGGAACCGGCUCGGCGCCCUCGGAUACCUGCCGCCGCUGCUGCUGCACGCCCUGCUGCUCUUCGUGGCCGACGCUACAUUUACCGAAGUCCCCAAAGAUGUGACAGUACGGGAGGGAGACGACAUCGAAAUGCCCUGCGCGUUCCGGGCUAGCGGAGCCACCUCGUAUUCGCUGGAGAUUCAGUGGUGGUACCUCAAGGAGCCGCCCCGGGAGCUGCUGCACGAGCUGGCGCUCAGCGUGCCCGGCGCCCGGAGCAAGGUAACAAAUAAGGAUGCAACUAAAAUCAGCACCGUGCGCGUCCAGGGCAAUGACAUCUCGCACAGGCUGCGGUUGUCAGCUGUGCGGCGGCAGGACGAGGGCGUGUACGAAUGCCGCGUGUCCGACUACAGCGACGACGACACGCAGGAGCACAAGGCCCAGGCGCUGCUGCGCGUGCUCUCGCGCUUCGCGCCGCCCAACAUGCAGGCCGCCGAGGCCGUGUCCCACAUUCAGAGCAGCGGUCCGCGUCGCCACGGCCCCGCCAGCGCUGCCAACGCCAACAACUUGGGUGCCACCGGCGCCGCAGGCCGAGCCACCUCCGACCCCGGCCACGGCGACAAAAGCCCGCCUCCGGGGAGUCCUCCUGCCGCCCCAGGUCCCGGAGUCCCAGAGGCGGCCGCUGCCUCUGCGGCCCACGCAGCCGCCACCACUGUCGCGGCUGCGGCCGCUGCUUCGUCAGCGUCACCGCCACUGGGCCAGGCGGUCCUUCUGCGCCAGAGGCACGGCUCAGGCACUGGCCGUAGCUCCGCCACAGACCCACUCUUGUCCCUGCUCCUGCUGGCUCUGCAUAAGCUCCUUCGCCUGCUGGUGGGGCACUGACACACACAGCCAUCCCCCCGCACCUCAGCCCGCCCACACGGCCUGCCCAGACCCGGCGUGAGGCUCGCGUCACCAGAUGGACACAGAGAGACUGAGAAGCAUGACCAAGUCCAUGUGGAAAAUAAAUAAAUCCUAUUUUUGGGGAAGUUACACAAAUGUAGAACACCUAAAAUAAUGCAUCUAGUUUCCAAAUAAGAUGGAAUUUGGACCAUGCGGUAUGCAUGGGAUCAGUGAUUUCGCUACUUCAAUGUAUUUUUCUUUUCUAAACUUUUCCUCCAAGUGUUCAUUUUGCACGAACUGUUGAGCAGUUAUCUUUAGGAUACUAUGUAAAAAUGUUGGGUCAAAGCCUUUCUGACAAAGCAAAAUAUUUUUAGUAGAUUAUUGUGUUUAGGGAUUUUUUUAUUUACUUUUUUCUUUAGGGGCUUUCCUUUUUUUUAUUAAAGUAAAUUAUUUCUUUUGAGACAUUUUGAUUAAAAAAAGAUACAUCUUAUCAUAAUUAAAAUUCACUGUCAAUAAUAUUUAUUUUUAAAUAAAGAUUGGAAACAAGGUCAGACACUUGUUUAUAAACUGUAUUGUAUAUUGCUGAAUAACAGUUGAAUAAAAAACAACUUUGAAAUAAC